ACUAAAAGCUGUAUGUGCUAGUAAAGGUUGCACAACUAUGCAUUUGUCACUCAUUUGAAGAGGAAGCAGAAUGAUGAAUCUAGAUGACACAGAGUUGAAAAAUAGCAGCCUACAUAAUGGAAGUGGAGUGGACAACCUGGGAUUUGAGGCAGAGGAGGAAACUAUAUCAAAUCACAACUUUCAGAUAAGGGAGAAAGAAUUAGAAAAAGAGUCAAAAUCAAGCAAAUUAUUCAAACCCUUCAUGGCUAUUGAAAACUUUUUGAAGGCUCACUCUCGAAUCUUCAAAUACAUUAUCUUUGGGAUACUUGGUGCAGGCUAUGCGGCAUACUUUGUUGCUGCAUGCUGGUUAAACUUCCAGAAAUCCAUUGCUCUUGUUGUCCUGACCAGUGUGACAGUGUUUUUCACAUUGUAUGAUUUUGUGAAAAGGUCCAAGGGAGAUACUAUAAAGCACUUCUUAAAGCCUGUGGUUGGAUGCUUUAAAACUAACUUCAGGUGGAUAAAAUGGGUUUUUAUCUUUCUGGUGGUAGGACUGUUGGUGACCUGGUUGGUACUUGACACAAGGCAAAACCCUGAGCAGCUUAUUUCUUUUGCUGGUGUCUGUCUCUUUAUCCUCGGGUUGUUCAUCUUUUCUGCAAACAGAUAUGCAGUACGCUGGAGGACAAUCUUCUGGGGGCUUGGUUUACAGUUUGUCAUGGGUCUGUUUGUCAUAAGAACUGAUCCUGGUUUCAUAGCUUUCAACUGGCUGGGAGCACAAAUCCAGACGUUUUUAAAUUACACCCAUUCUGGCUCAACUUUUGUAUUUGGCAGUUUGGUAGAUUCAGGCAUCUUUGCGUUUCAGGCUUUGCCUAUUGUGAUAUUUUUCAGCAGUAUUAUGUCAGUACUCUAUUUCCUUGGUGUUAUGCAAUGGAUCAUCAUUAAGAUUUCCUGGAUUAUGCAGAUAACAAUGGGAACAUCUCCUACAGAAUCGCUGUCUGUUACAGGGAAUAUAUUUGUUGGACAGACAGAAGCACCGUUGCUAAUUCGUCCCUAUUUAAAAGACAUGACCAAUUCUGAGAUCCAUGCUGUCAUUGUUGGAGGUUUUGCAACAAUUGCUGGCAGUGUGAUGGGAGCUUUCAUUUCAUUUGGGAUUGACGCAUCCUCUUUGAUUGCUGCAUCUGUAAUGGCUGCUCCAUGUGCAUUGGCCUUGUCCAAACUCUCAUAUCCUGAAACAGAAGAUAGCAAAUUUAAAUCUGAAGACAAUAUCAAAUUAGAAAGCGGUGGUGAGCAGAAUAUUUUGGAGGCUGCUUCUGCUGGAGCAUCUGCUUCUGUUGGGCUUGUGGCUAACAUAGCUGCAAACUUGAUUGGAUUUCUUGCUAUUUUGGCUUUCAUCAAUGCAUCUUUGUCCUGGCUGGGAGGAAUGGUGGGGUAUCCACACAUCACAUUUGAGCUCAUCUGCUCAUAUGUAUUCAUGCCAGUGGCCUUCAUGAUGGGCAUACCAUUCAAUGAGUGCUUCGUUGUGGCUGAACUUAUUGGAACAAAACUGUUCCUUAAUGAAUUCAUAGCUUACGAGAAGCUGGCAAACCUGAAAAACAACCGAUUAAAUGGCAUCACGGAAGUGGGAAAAUACAUUUCAGUCAGGUCAGAGAUCAUCAGCACCUAUGCUCUGUGUGGUUUUGCCAACUUCAGUUCACUUGGCAUUGUGAUUGGAGGCAUGUCUACCAUUUGUCCUUCAAGAAAAAGUGAUAUUUCUGCUUUAGUGCUAAGAGCCUUGCUCACAGGCACUUGUGUGUCCCUGGUUAAUGCUUCUGUUGCUGGCCUCCUUUCACAUCCUCAACUAGAUUGUAUUGAUGUUUUUACAAAUUCUGUCUUCAACACCACUAAUACCAAAAUCCAAACUUGCUGUUAUGACCUCUUUGAAAGUGCUGUGAAGAAUGAAACAAUGAUUUCUUUCGAGGGAUCUUGGACCCUGGUGAAAAAUGCCACUCUUUAUUUGAUAGAGUGCUGCCAUCUUUAUAAUGAAACUGUUUGCAUUUAGGAAAACGUUAAUUUUGUAAAGUGCAAAGAUAAUUGUUACGUAUAUCAAAAUUCUGCUUAAGUAUUCAAUAAAAACUAAUAAAUAGAUAAAACAUUACAUUUAUUGUAUGUAUAGAAGUAGAUCAAGUGUACUUUGUAUUGUGGUAUUGUUUUUAAAUGAAACUAAUAACUAAAUAAAACUAAUCAGAAUGAUUUUCAAUAAUAAAGUAUAAGAGCUGAUACUGUACUCAAACAAAAUACAUUUUAGAAUGAAUCACAGCAACACUA